UAAGAGGUUGUGCCCAUUUGUAAUUAAAGAUUAUGAAGUCACACCUACAAUAGCAGCCAUGUCACAUAACAACAUAUUGGGUCACAGAACACCAGCUAUUGACUAAGUGGUAAAGGUAGGUAUUGUGACAAGUGUGUUACCUCCAUUUGCUGGUGGCUUCUCCCACUAUAAGAUGUGUAUGAGAUAGGAACAUGAUGUAAUACACAAACCUUAAUAACAUGUUCGGUUUACAAUAUUGAAUCCUUGUGCUGCUCCACUAAAAGCUCUUCCAUUGGCACCAUGCUGCAUUUAAUUAUGCAGCAUGUAUUGCUUGCUUUGGAGCCCCAGAAAUUCCAGGCUGACAUGCUCUGAUAUCAAAGGGUCUCUGGCAUCCGGCACAUGUUCAAUACUGUCAGGUGGAGGUGAAGGAUCCAAGUCCAGCAUGUGUUUGUCAGUUAAGUCAGAGCAGUAAUCGCAUACAUAUACGUUGGUCCAUUUUACUCUGUCAUGCAGUGCCUGCAAUUCAGUCACAGACUCAUUAAAAACUGAAAUUCAUCAGGCAGUUUACAAUAUGAUGAUGAUCAUAUCUAUCUAUAGCUACAUCUACAUCUACAUCUACAUCUACAUCUACAUCUACAUCUACAUCUAUAUCUAUUGUCAGGCUUUGGGGGAUUUUAUCCCUCCCCCCCUCCCCCGGUGGCAGCAAGAAGCUGAGAAAAACAAGACAAGUUCUUACUAAUGAGUUUAUUCAAUCAUCACAGCGAGAGACAAUGGCAUUGCUCCAACUGAGAUCCUCUCCACUCCCUUCCUACCAACAGCGCUUUCCCUUACAGUGGCCGCCAGGGGCUAAUUGUCUCUGAGUCCUUUGCUCUUGCACUCUCAACAAACACCAGGUUCUGGGAGAAGGGGGGUCAGAAAUACUCUCCAGUGAUAACAUCUCAGCUGGCUGCUCUGGCUCUGUCUCCUCACCAUGGCAUAUCUUUCUAAACAUAUCUGUAACUUGCCUUGGAAUGCCCCAAAAUUUGCUAUCAGCCUCAGUUUCUUGCUGGUUAUUCAUCUUCUUGUAAAAACAGAGCAAAAAUGAGGAAGCACAUAGAACCAAAUACACUAUUCUCAAUAAUGGAUAAAGCAAAUCAGAAGCAUAAAUAACCAGCCUGGGUGAUCCACUGAGCUCAGGUAUUGCUGUGAGUCGUGAAGGCCGCUCCCUGCAAGGCCCUUUCCACCUGGCCUAGGGGGUGGGGCCCAGACUCACCAGCUCUACUAAAGCGGUGCCUGGUGAGACCAGAGGGACAUUGCCUGACAACAAACCCUAACUAUUGGAUUAUUUUGCCCCAUCUUUUAGUGCCUGCCAAAGAGCUGUGUCAUGCUUAUGAUAAUGUUUUAUUCUUUUGUUAGUUAGUUAUGCUGUUUUAAAUGUGCAUUUUAUAUUUGACCUCACGUAGCAGUGGUUUUUUAAAAAAAUGUUUAAGUUUUGUUUUUUGUUAACUUACUUUGUGGAGUGUGUAUUCUGUAGUUUACCUCCUUUGUAAUGUUUUAUUUUGAAAUCUUCUUGGAUAAUUUAGUUUUGUUUUUUUUUUUAGUUAAUUAUGUUGCUUUGACUGUAUAGUCUAUAUUUGACUUUCUUCAGAUCGUCUUAUUGAUGUUUUAAUGUGUUUUAAACGGCUUUUGAGAUUUUUCUUAAAAUAUAUAUAUAUUUUUUUGAAUCAUAUUUAUUAAAGUUUCCAAAAAUAUAAAAAUACAAAGAAAAAAAAACAAAAGAAAGAAGAUAUUUAAAAACCUUACUUUCAUUCCCUACUUUCUGGGACUCCCCCCCUCCCCCCCCCAAUUGUAUUCCCCUUUCCUUAAUUUGGUUCUACAAGCUCUCACUCCCAAUUUAAAGCUUAAUUUGUUUAACCCACUAUCCAGAUUGAAUUGUACAAAUCUUACCACCGUCCCACAUCAUUAACAGAAAAAGAAAGAAGAUUUUCCCCAAGAUCCACCCCAGUUCCUUCCACAAAUUCCCUUUUUUUUAAACACGUCUGAUCAAAGUAAAAUAACAUGCGUAAGUUAUGUAAAGAAAUAGAAAAUAAGAGAUAUAGAAAAAUUCAAAAAAUGGUUACACAGCCUUUGGAUUUCAAAUCCCCGGUUUGAAUUCCCCAUGUCCAUCAGUCUAUACAUUAUCAGCUUGGAAGUCUCAUUUCAUGACCAGAUUUCUCCCCGAUUCCAUCUUGCCGGUUUUCUUUUGGGUUUUUAAUUUAAAUAAUAUUUGACUUCAAAUGUCCAAUCUAACAAAGGCCUUUAAUUUCCUUGAUCUUUACCACUCCUCCCAUUGUUCUUUCCGUGUCAGUAAUCAGUCCUUUAUUCUUCUUAUUCCUCACUUUCUCAGGUUUCUUGUCCUGUUCAGCUGCUAAAACUUUCUAAUUCAGAAAUCUAGUGUCUCUGCAGAGGUUUGUUAUUCAGGAACAAAAACUUACGUCCAGUCCCUUUCUUUCUUCAAUAAAAAAUUCCAUUGUCUUCCUCUGUAGACAAAAUACUCUUUCAGUUUUGCAGCUUUCCCAGAAGAUAACAAAUCCUGUGCGAAUCCCAGGGUAUUUUCCCACUUACGACCGUUCUUGUAGUAUCCCGAAACCCCUCUAGGGGGAUUGUAAUAACUUUGUAUCCUCUAAUCCAAAAGUCAAAUUGUUGCUUAUUUUCCAACAGUUUAUAUCCAUAUUAUAGCAAAUUGUAACAAAAUUAACCAGCAAGGUCCUCAUAACAAAGUCCUCUUUAUAUUCUCCAGCUUUGACAGCCACUUUGACAGCUGUCACAGUCUCCGUCUCUCUUCACCCGGCUCCACGACUCGCCCGGUUCCCGGGGGGUUGCAUUUUCUUCUCACCCUCCACUCUUCUCCUCCAGCACAUUUCUUAUAAUUUCCCAUCGUGAAAUUAAUGAUUUUUAUCAGAGACAUACUUCCCUUUGGACCUUGGUUACCCAGUCCUUGUUUUGGAAUGCUUACAAUAGGGGGGGGGAUUGACUUCCUUUUAAAUCGCCCCGCUCGUGCCAAAUCCAAAAUUUUGAACCCGGUUUCCCAUUACUCACGGGUUGUUGUUAAUAGUCCAAAUUUUCAAUAGAAGAAGUCAGCGCUCUCCGUCGAAUGGCAUGCGGCUGCGCUCGGCAGGAAAGCAGUGGACUCAAGCACCACGCCACUCCCCGGCACCCGAUCCAAGCCUUUAAAAGGCUCCUUCACGAGCCGGGAGGGCGCCAAUGGUGCAAGCCGAGUCACCCAUGUCCACGAACUCCGUGCCCGUGGUUUUUAAGGGUCCCCGCGUCGCCGGCGCGGUAGGACCCAGCCCCUGCCGAGCAGACUCCCUCCGGAGCUCAGAGGGAGUCCGCCAUUCGGCGAUGGCGCUAACCCGGAAGUCGAGAUUUUUCUUAAAAUAUAAAGCGAUAUAGAAAUGAAAUAAAUAAUUAGAUAAUCUAAUAAUUAAAUAAAUGGUACUACUAUCGCAAACAAAAGUGCGCCUAAAAAGGUUGAUGAGGGCUUUCUCAGGAUACUGUCAAAGAGAACACCUGGCUGUGAAUUGCAAGAAGUCAAACUAAAGAAAACUAAAUUUUCAAGAAAUUAUAGGACCCAUAGGCGGUAUGUGAAUAAUCUGUUGAUCGAAUAAGUUAAAGUCUUUAAAUACCUUUGCCCUGUUUUUCAGUCAGCAGGGUCGUGGGGAGCACAUCAGAAAUAUGCAAAGGAAAAAGCAUCUCAAAGCGCCAAAAUUCUGACAGGCUUUUUACAUACAAAAGGUGGCAAUCACAUACCAUCAGCACUGUUUAAAGCUAAUCCCCUAGCACAGUUAUUGCAUGGGAUCAGAUUUGGACAGGCCCUCACCUUGGAUCUACAGAAGCUGUUCAACCUAAGUUCCUAAGGCAAUUUUUUUCUGUUCCAUCCUGUGUUCCAAAUGCUUCAUUGCGCUUAGAGGCUAGUCUCCCCUCAGUUGAAUUACAGGUUUGGUGUAGGACAUUUAAUUAUUGGCUUUGCCUAAAUUUAAACCCCACUGGUCUACUACACUUAGUAUUGUAAGUUGUCAUGAGAGUGCUUGGACUAAAAUUGUCAGCCAAAAGAUUUACUUUUCUGGUUUAUCAUCACAACAGUUAUUAACACUGGGCUUCAGUAAAGUAAAUAAUUAAAUUAGACAGCACCUAAUUGAACGACAGAAUAAUUUGGCCACAAUAAGGCAAUUUUGUCCAUGGUAUGAUUAUUUUCUACCUAGUCAUUUUGACACUUGGGCACCCUAUUUGCAAAAUUUAACAAUUCCAAAAUACAGACGUGCUUUCACUGUCGCAAGCUUGAAUAAACUGCCUUCAGCUGUACUUGAGGGUCAAUUUCAGAAAAUUCCACUGGAAAAACAAUGGUGUCCAUGUGGAGAUGGCAGUAUUGAGUCAGUGGCUCAUGAGCUUCUGCUUGCACUCUUUCUAAAGAUUUGAGGAGUGAGGGUAUUACUAUUGUCCAUGCUGGGUUGCUCAACCAUUGCUACUGUGUCCUUUCUUCCAGCGGAUCAAGAUGACCAGGUGGCAGCAAAAUCUGCAAGGUUUUUAGAGGGGGCAAUUAGAAUAAGAUCUAUUAUUUGAUUAUUUGAUUACUGAUGUGAACCUCCAAAAUGUAUUUUGUAUAGUUAAGUUUUUACCUCUAUCUUCAGUACAUUUUCUUUUAUUGUAUUCCUAUAGCUAAUGGCUGAUGCAAGUAAAGAUUCUUCUGAUCUAAACUUCUCAGGUUUUAUGAGGAUUUAUAAAGGGGUGCUGCAUCAUCACUCCAAAAGUCACCAGGAAAUGAUCUAUCUGACAAUGGGCUCAGCACAAACCCCGCUAUCGAUGCAUUUCUGCCUUCCCACUCCCUUGCAGAAACCUGAACCAGGGUAUGCCCUGCCUAGGUAAAGGUAAAGGGACCCCUGACCAUUAGGUCCAGUCGUGGCCAACUCUGGGGUUGCGGCACUCAUCUUGCUUUAUUGGCCGAGGGAGCCGGGUGGCCAGCAUGACUAAGCCGCUUCUGGUGAACCAGAGCAGCACAUGGAAACGCCAUUUACCUUCCCGCCGGAGCGGUACCUAUUUAUCUACUUGCACUUUGAUGUGCUUUCGAACUGCUGGGUUGGCAGGAGCAGGGACCAGGCAACGGGAGCUCACCCCAUCGCGGGGAUUCGAACCACCGACCUUCUGAUCGGCAAGUCCUAGGCUCUGUGGUUUAACCCACAGCGCCACCCGCAUCCAUACCCUGCCUAAUGGGCCUCUAAUUUACUGAGACAGUCUCAUGGUUGCCACAGAAGCCAUGAUUCCUGAGCUGCCCCAGGACCUAUAGGUUUUAUGAUCAAGAGCCAUGAGUUACUUCCCUCCCUUGGGACAGUGAAUUCUCAAACUUUUUGUGAAAGUGAGCAGAGAGGGAGAGAUUUCUUGGCACUGAUAGGAGAUUGAGAAUUGGAGGGACUGUUCUGUGGUAUUACGGCAGUGGAUAAAGGUGUAGUGUAACUUGAUUUUGUUUGAAAUGUAUUGUUAUGAAUAGAUUGCGGACUUCCGUUUUUCGCCGCCAUGGUGAACAAUGGUUCUCACCAUAGCAUGCAGACAAUUAAGGAUAAUUUGAGAGUAAUUCCAUUGCAAACCCCCCCCCCCAGGUCGGGGGGAGCGCUCACACUCACAGAUUGCCCAGUAGCUGCCUCCCACUCCUACGGAAUGCCCUGCAUGCAUUGGAAACUCUCCAACGUGGUCACCAUGCACAGAGAUUCUUCUGUUUUUUAAGCUAUAUCAGAAUUCAUACUUGAGAAGCAGGCAUGUUCUGGAAGAAGGAGACAAGUUAACCUGCUGCUGAAUGAAUCAGCCAUCGAGUGUCAAGGUCUCGAUCUCGAGAAGAUUUUAAUCGAAAUUGGAUUGGUAUGUGGUAGAGAGAAGCCUUUGUUUUCUCUUUAUAUAUUCACCAUGCUUUUUUAUAAUAUGGCACCAUAUUAUAUGGGAUGUUCUGUGGCAAUACCCUCCCACGGAGGAUUCUAACUUUGAUUUAUUAUGGUGUUGAUGAGAUAUCAGCUUGUUAUCAGAUGGGAAAGUAUUGAAAGAAAAUGCUGAAAGUCUGCCCAGAUUAAUGGCCAGAUGCCAGACCACUUUUGGUUUUGAGAAAAGCAAGGUGGUGAAAGGUCACUACGCAGUAAAAUUGAGUCCUUGGAGCAAGGGGGAAAUGUUGGAAAUGAUUGAUUGCAACAAGAAAGGAAGGUUGAACAUUUUUUUAAAAAAAACAUUCGACGCAGAAAGUUACCAGAUAUAAACUCCUCUUGCAAAUUAAAGGAUAUGGAACAGUUAAAUACAAAUGAAAGUCAACACAUCAGUGGCUGAUAAAAUAAAGGAUCAACAUAGGAACUGUAUUAUUUGGGUUAAAUUGGAUUGAAGCAGCAAAAAGGAAUCAACAUCUCCUAAAAAACCUCCUAAAAUCAGAACAUGGGAAGUCAACCAAAAUGUUUAAUUUGAAAUCUGACAAUUGGCUUUUUAAAUUGAAUUAUGAUUUGGUAUUGUAUUAAUGUGGUCUAUAUUGGAUUGUUAUUAAUGAAAAAUUAAUUUAAAAAAUUAUAUUAAAAAAUGCAAUGUAUUGUUGUGGACUGCUGCAGGCUAUGGUGGAUGAUGGGGAUUGCUCACCCUGAGUGACCUGAUUGCUCCAAAUAGGCAGGAAGAGAGCUUGGGCAAAGCACCUUCUCUAAAAAAGCCCAUAAGGAAAAUUCUGGUUCCGAAGGGUCCAGUGGUGUCGGAGAACGCUCCCUAGGAGUCUCCAAAGCCCCGAAGGGAACCACGGAAGCUCCAAUAUUGAACACAGAGACACUGUGCAAUCAAGACCUCUCAGCAAAACGUCUCAAGUGCCACCAUUAAAGCAGCAACUCCUCUAUAAAGUAAAAAGAAAUCAGACCAAUUUGGACAAAUAUAUAUAUAUAUAUAUAUAUAUAUAUAUAUAUAUGGGAUCCACACCAGGGAGGUAAAGAGUAGCCCCCCCCCCUCCGUCAUGGCAUAAAAUCUGGAGGGACUAAGAGAAGAAUAAGUGACAUACCCCUUCCAACCCAUUGUAAAUUGAUAAUAAUGCUACCUCUGGACUUUCGAUCAGCUUUAACCCAGUGAUUUCUGUGAUCUCUUUAAACAUACUUUGCCCCCCAAAAUUGCACAUAUUUACAACCCCACCCCAUUUGAACAUAAUUCCGUUUCCUGGCAUCCCCUCCAAGAUAACACCGAAUAUUCCUUGUUUAUUUGAUUUAAUCUGACUGGUGUUAAAUACCAUCUCUAAAAAAUUUAUAAUAAUUUUAUUUUAUUCUUAUGGACAGCCUUUUCAACAUAGACUGAAAUUAGUGGAGCUCCAUUUUCAAGACUGAAAUUAGUGGAGCUCCAACCGGGGCUUUUGUUGAACCAAUAAAUCUUAAAUAAUUAACGGCCGGAGUCAUCUCGUGGGGCGGGGAGGAGACCCAAGCCUUGCAUUCUUGAUCCCCCUUUUCUACUUAUAUUUUAUAAAUUUCACUGAUUUCCCCUUUAAUAACUGUAUUUUCUUCUUUAUCGCCUCUUUUUAUAGAGCAGUCUCUAUCCUCCUCCAUUAUCUGUUCACAGACCAGAAAUGCUGCAACACAUGGCAUUUGACCAUAAAACCUCUAGGUCCUGGUCUCCAUGGCAACCAUGAGACCAUCUCAGUAAAUUAAAGGCCCAACACAUAAGACAGAACAUACCCUAAUUCAGGUCUCUCCAAGGGAGUGGGAAGGUCGAAAUCCAUUCGUACGGAAGUUUGUGCUGAGCCCAUUGUCUGAGAUGGAUAAUUCGAUAGUGAAAUUCAAAGUGAUGAUGCAGUGCCCUUCUAUAAGGCUAGGGGAUCCAUUAAGGUGGUCUGUUCCCAGAGACUUAUGGUGGAUUCCUGAAUACUCAGGAAUUUUCAAGUUGGCAUGCUCACCACUUCUGUGGAAGUCUUGCUAUAGAAUUCGGAAUUAAGGUAGGCACUUGAUAGGUUGGCUCUCAAAUGUCAUCCUCAACACUCUCAAGUGCCUUUCUCAACACUCAAGCAAUCAGGGCUCCCUCAUAUUCUCAAGAGUGUCAGGUGAUGAAGUAGAACAGUGCCUGGAAGGGACUCAGCAGCUUGCAAGGCAACAUCUCUCUCUGGAAAGCCUGUGGUUUUUAUCUGGCUUUUAGAAGACAGGAGUGCCUGGCUUCCUGUGGUCCAUGGGGUCACAAAGAGUCGGACACGACUAAACAACAAAGUGGUUUUAAUGAGUUUUAAUUAGCUUUAACUCUUCUUCAAGUGAUUCAUGAAGUGGCUAGUGAAGAUAAGAUACAUGUGCUUUUUAUGUUUUCUGGUUCUGUUUGGCUUUUACAAGCCAUGGAUAUUUGUUCUUAAUGAGUCAAUGACUGAAUCACAAACAGAGUGUUGCGAGUACAAUUCCUACCUUUAUUACUUAGUCAAGAACUGGUUUUCUGUGACCCAGAAUGUAAAUGUGCAUUAUGAAUAUUCUUGUAGGUGUGACUACAUACUUUAUGUUUGAUUACAAAUUGUCAUGACAUCCAAGAAGCCGCAUCCCCAAGUCUUCUCUCUUUUUCACAAUGCUUGGUUUGUUCAUACAGAUGGCACACCCAUAUAAGUCUCUUUAAACCUCCACAUAAAGGGAUGUGUCUCCAUAGUGGUGGAAAUUAGCCUACGAAAACGUAGAGCACCAGACAAGACUUUUGCUGCUCUCAGAGAGAGGUGACCAAAGUGAAGGCAAUUUAGGCUUACCAGGAAUGUAAGUAAAAGUUUUUGUUCAUAGAAACAUAAAGUGUAGAGUUGGAAGGGGCCCAACGGGUUGUCUAGUCAACCCCCUGCAAUCUCAACAAAUGAUUCUUGCUUAGUUUUGCAAAUGUGCUAGUAGUUGUAUUAUUUGUCAGUUCCUGUGCAGGGAUCAGCAGAGAGAGAGAGAAAUGCUGUCUUGUCUAUGUGCGUGUGUAAAAACCAGUUGUAUGAAAAUCUUAGCCUGUUUCCACAUUGUCAACUUAAAACACAACUAGGAUGUUCGCUACUUGCGGAGAUGAAAUUAAGCACUUACAGUUUUUCAGAUAUUAUAACACUGAGAAGCAGAAAUUUAAUUCCUUCCUGUAACACAGCUAUUAUUGGAAUCAAAACAGUUGUGUUUUAAAGCCCGCAUACCCUUAUCAAUCUAAGAUACAAUCUAAGUCAAAUCCCAGUGGAAGUGAAAAAAUCACAGUGGAAGUGAGGAACAGGUUUAAGGAUUUAGAUUUGGCGGACAGAGUGCCUGAAGAACUAUGGAUGGAGGCUUAUAACAUUAUACAGGAGGCAGCAACUAAAACCAUCUCAAUGAAAAGGAAAUGCAAGAAAGCAAAGUGGCUGUCCAAUGAGGCCUUACAAAUAGCGGGGGAGAGAAGGCAAGCAAAAUGUGAGGGAGAUAGUGAAAGAUACAGCAAAUUGAAUGCAGAUUUCCAAAAAAUAGCAAGGAGAGACAAGAAGGCCUUCUUAAAUGAGCAAUGCAAAGAAAUAGAGGAAAACAAUAGAAUGGGAAAAACCAGAGAUCUGUUCAAGAAAAUUGGAGAUAUGAAAGGAACAUUUCGUACAAAGAUUACCAUAAUAAAAGACAAAAGUGGAAAGGACCUAACAGAAGCAGAAGACAUCAAGAAGAGGUGGCAAGAAUACACAGAGGAACUGUACCAGAAAGAAAUGGAUGUCUCGUAUACCCCAGGUAGUGUGGUUGCUGACCUUGGAGCCAGACAUCCUGGAGAGUGAAGUCAAAUGGGCCUUCGAAGCACUGCUAAUAACAAGGCCAGUGGAAGUGAUGAUAUUCCAGCUGAACUAUUUAAAAUUUUAAAAGAUGAUGCUGUUAAGGUGCUACACUCAAUAUGCCAGCAAAUUUGGAAAACUCAGUGGUGGCCAGAGGAUUGGAGAAGAUCAGUCUACAUCCCAAUCCCAAAGAAGGGCAGUGCCAAAGAAUGCUCCAACUACCGCACAAUUGCACUCAUUUCACACGCUAGCAAGGUUAUGCUUAAAAUUCUACAAGGCAGGCUUAAGCAGUAUGUGGAACAAGAACUACCAAAAGUGCAAGCUGGAUUGGGAAGGGGCAGAGGAACAGGAGACCAAAUUGCAAACAUGCACUGGAUUAUGGAGAAAUCUAGAGAGCUCCAGAAAGACAUCUACUUCUGCUUCAUUGACUAUGCAAAAGCCUUUGACUGUGUCGGCCACAGCAAACUAUGGCAAGUUCUUAAAGAAAUGGGAAUGCCUGAUCACCUCAUCUGUCUCCUGAGAAAUCUCUAUGUGGGACAAGAAGCUACAGUUAGAACUGGAUAUGGAACAACUGAUUGGUUCAAAAUUGGGAAAGGAGUACGGCAAGGCUGUAUGUUGUCUCCCUACUUGUGAAAAGGAUCUAGGAGUCUUGGUUGACCACAAACUUGACAUGAGCCAACAGUGUGACGCGGCAGCUAAAAAAGCCAAUGCAAUUCUGGGCUGCAUCAAUAGGAGUAUAGCAUCUAGAUCAAGGGAAGUAAUAGUGCCACUGUAUUCUGCUCUGGUCAGACCUCACCUGGUGUACUGUGUCCAGUUCUGGACCCCACAGUUCAAGAAGGACACUGACAAACUGGAACGUGUCCAGAGGAGGGCAACCAAAAUGGUCAAAGGCCUGGAAACGAUGCCUUAUGAGGAACGGCUAAGGGAGCUGGGCAUGUUUAGCCUGGAGAAGAGGAGGUUAAGGGGUGAUAUGAUAGCCAUGUUCAAAUAUAUAAAAGGAUGUCACAUAGAGGAGGGAGAAAGGUUGUUUUCUGCUGCUCCAGAGAAGCGGACACGGAGAAAUGGAUCCAAACUACAAGAAAGAAGAUUCCACCUAAACAUUAGGAAGAACUUCCUGACAGUAAGAGCUGUUCGACAGUGGAAUUUGCUGCCAAGGAGUGUGGUGGAGUCUCCUUCUUUGGAGGUCUUUAAGCAGAGGCUUGACAACCAUAUGUCAGGAGUGCUCUGAUCGUGUUUCCUGCUUGGCAGGGGGUUAGACUCGAUGGCCCUUGUGGUCUCUUCCAACUCUAUGAUUCUAUGAUUCUAUGAUUCUACUUAUUUAACUUAUAUGCAGAAUUCAUCAUGCGAAAGGCUGGACUGGAUGAAUCCCAAGCCGGAAUUAAGAUCGCCGGAAGAAAUAUCAACAACCUCAGAUAUGCAGAUGACACAACCUUGAUGGCAGAAAAUGAGGAGGAAUUAAAGAACCUUUUAAUGAGGUUGAAAGAGGAGAGCGCAAAAUAUGGUCUGAAGCUCAACAUCAAAAAAACGAAGAUCAUGGCCACUGGGCCCAUCACCUCCUGGCAAAGAGGAGAGAGGAAGAAAUGGAGGCAGUGAGAGAUUUUACUUUCUUGGGCUCCAUGAUCACUGCAGAUGGUGACAGCAGCCAUGAAAUUAAAUGACGCCUGCUCCUUGGGAGAAAGGCGAUGGCAAACCUAGACAGCAUCAUAAAAAGCAGAGACAUCACCUUGCCAACAAAGGUUAAAGCCAUGGUUUUCCCAGUAGUGAUGUAUGGAAGUGAGAGCUGGACCAUAAAGAAGGCUGAUCACCAAAGAAUUGAUGCUUUUGAAUUAUGGUGCUGGAUGAGGCUCUUGAGAGUCCCAUGGACUGCAAGAAGAUCAAACCUACCCAUUCUGAAGGAAAUCAGCCCUGAGUGCUCACUGGAAGGACAGAUUGUGAAGCUGAGGCUCCAAUACUUUGGCCACCUCAUGAGAAGAGAAGACUCCCUGGAAAAGACCCUGUUGAGGGCACAAGAAGAAGGGGACAACAGAGAACGAGAUGGUUGGACAGUGUUCUGGAAGCUACAAUCAUGAGUGUGACCAAACUGCGGGAGGCAGUCGAAGACAAGAGUGCCUGGCGCGCUCUGGUCCAGGGGGGUCACGAAGAGUCAGACACGACUAAAUGACUAAACAACAACACCCUUAUCAAUUUUGUCUCUUUUCCCAUACUUUUCUGUUGAAAGAUGUAGUGAAGAGAGAGUAAAAUAAAAUAUAUGCAAUUCAACUAUGUAAGGGUCUGUUUUCAGAUGACUUAGUAAUUUGUAAACAAAAAUGCAAUGGUUGUGUAUAGUGGCAUGGUCCCCAAUAACCCAACCGGAAAGAAGUUCUAGAGGCAGUAAUAACAGGGUUUGGCCAUCGGCAUCUGUUCUUAUCUGGCAGCAAUGCUGCUAUUCCACUUCACAUCCCCAGAAAGAGGCACUUUGCAGUGAAUUCCAAAAUGCUGCCACCCAUCAGCUCAUUAUUUCCCCCACCCUCCCUCUUGUUCGGUGUUGUGUUCGCUCCAUAUAAUUUGAGUCAAGUGGAUAGCCUCAGUACAAGAAACAACUGUGUAGCAGAGAUCACUUUUACUUUGGGGGCAUAAAGACACACACUGUCUCUGCUACAAGAAUUCUUCACUCUCUGAGCCCAGAGAGCGUUUCGACGUAUAAAGUUUUUGCUGAGGAAAAGUGCACACAGCAAGUGCAAAGUCCACUUGCUCCAAAAAGUCCUGCAACUGCCAGAGUUCCCUCUGUGUAGACGUCUUGCAAUGUGUCUAACUUCCAUCAGAUAAGCUCUUCACAAAUCCGACACAUUUUCCCCAGAUCAUUCCAACAGUAUCCAUGUCUCCAAUGCCCCACAACAGUGAAUGCUGAAACUUGAGUUCUUUAUCUAUCCUGGGAUAUGUGUUAGUUUGCCCAGCAACACAAAGAAGACAGUCACAAGAUGCAUGCAGCUGCACUUUUAGGAGGCGGGGAACCAUUUCUGCUGACUCAAAGAGAAGUGACCCUUUCUCACUUUCCUUAAUACUUCAGCAGUGGACUGAAACCAGCUUGCUUUACAAGUCAUACACUUGUCAUUUUGUAUCUACUUGUAUCUACUUGGCAAGUUACAGUGGGGAAAACUAGGAAAAUAUUAAAUAGCAGAAGAUUUCAUGUAAUCAUGAACGCUUCUGGAAUGGCAGUUCAAACUGAUAUACUGCAUUUUCUGUUUUCCAGGUAAACAGUGGGGGAAAAUACCAUCAAAACCAAAGAAGGUUUAACUGGAUUUGUUUCCUUCCUCGGCAUACACGCGGGGCUUCAUAUCAGGAAACCAUGAGCUGCUUUACUCAAAUGCUGGGAAACUGGAUUAGUUUUCCUUCCUUAGAAGAAUACCUGAGCUCAGUGGCUCACUCUUGGUGGUUGCGUAUGCUUCUGAUUUUGCCUUUUUCAAUCGUUAUAAUGACGUAUUUGUUUGUCUGUGCAAUCUCAUUUUUGCUAUAUGUCUACAAGAAGAUGAAUAACCAGCAAGAAACUGAUUUUGAUACCAAAGUUUGGAAAAAGCCAAAGCAAGUUACGGCUCAAGUUUUAGAUAUAUUUGGAAAGAUAUGGCAUGGUGAGUAAAUGUUUCUUUCAUACCAAUAAUUCAGCUACUAUACUUUCAUAGGACUGAGCAUCAGAAUUUCAGACUUGAGGCCCUGGAACAAUAGUUACCACUACUGGUUUUUACCAUGUGGUGGGUACACAGCGAAUUUAAUGAAUAUAUCAUUGUGUAGUGAGACUUUGAGGGUGCAAUUUUCUUCAGCAUGGUAAAUCACUAGGUAACCCUGAAGCAUAAACUCUGGACACAAACCAUGGAAUUUGUCAGCAAAGGAUGUGGUGAUGUGGUGAUGGCUGCUAAUUUGGAUGGACACUGUGAGAAACAGGAUGAUGGAAAACAGAGAGCUUUGGCUUGAUCAAGAGGAUCCAUCUUAUGUUCCCAUUGCAUCCCAGAGUGUAAUGUUGCUUUAGAUGUUGAAGCAUGAAUCAGAAACACAUUACUAAAACCAAGCUUGGGUCAUAAGGAUGAAACCCUGUGGCUACUUAGGACAUGAUCAAGGGUGCAUCUGUCUGGGAAACUGUUUUCUCACAUUGUAUAAAGUGAUUCAGAGAAUGCCCUGAAGAUGCCUGAAAUUAGAGCUCUUGAGGAUGGGGAAAGAAUGUGCAACACUCUGUACGGAAGGGUAAUACUGUUACUUCAAAUAAAAAAGGCUCAGGAAAAUAUAGUGUUAUAACCCAUAUGAAAGUCAGGGGCAUCUUAACCAUUGGCGCUAGGGGUGCACGGCACCCGGGCGCCGGGCUCUCAGGGGUGCCAGGCUGAGAGUCCAGGGCCGAGCGUUGGAGUCCAGGGAAGAGCUGCCGACAGCCGAGCGGAGCAGAGCCCGUCAGAGUUCGUCUUCUGCAGGCGGCUCUUUCCCGGACUCCAACGCUCGCUCCCAAACUCACACCAACCUGCCCGCAGCAGAAGAGCCUGUCGGCUCUUGCCCCAGCUGCAUGGCAGCUAACUGUUUCAGUGCCAUGCCCGGAGCACCAUGUAACGUUGUGGGCGCUGCACGAUGCAUCCUGUUGCAUGUGCCGAGCUGUGGGUUCCUUUGCUGGCUUUUCCGCUGUCGUCGCACGCUCCCAGCACCGCCCAAUGAGAUGUGCCAGCGCAGAACGACGGGGAAUGCAAGUGGCAGCAGAGGAAACAUCUCUGGACAGGAUCCACCACAUACCAACAGCGCCGACGGCAGCAAGAAGUCCUGACGAAUAGGAGCGCAUGGAUUCCAGCCGAAACAGUUAGCCGCCAUGUAGCGAGGUGUGUGGAGGCAGCGGGUGGACAGGACGAAAACUGUGUAGCCCAACAUUUUGUUCCCCCCUAGCAUGGAACCCACACCCACCUUCAUGCGCCCCUGUGCGUUUGGCGCUGGAACCCCCAUUAGUUGGCGAUGUGAGUCACUGCACCUGCAACCAUUCAAAAGAUAAACAACUAUCUCCUAAAAAAAAGUCAACAACUUUGGGGUCCCCCCUUUAAAAAAUGUCGACAACUCUGGGCAACCUAGGGGUGCCAGGCGGAUCUUUGCACUCCGGCACCGCAUAUGCUUAAGACGCCCCUGAUGAAAGUUUAAAGGAGAUUGAAACAACAAGUCACAGUUUUAGCGCACUCAAAGACUAGGCAAAUUUUUUUCCACCUGUGCCCAAAAUUAAGCAAGGAACGAAGAUUCCAGCAGAGGAGAAAUAUCAUUUAUUAUGUGAGCACAACAGAGAAAGUCCUGGUCCGUGUGGAUAACAACCUAGUAUCCAGAAUGCUGCAACAUAUAGGAGAGCUUUUUACUUGAUCUUAAAUUACAGUUUUCUGAACCACAGUGUUUUCUUCCAAUAAAAGAUUGCAAUAUUCCAUUUAUUUUUCAACAAAAUAACAUUUAUUUAUUGCAUUUUAUAUUAUUUCCAGGUUAUGAAGUUUUUGGCAUGGAACAUCUCCCUAAAGGACCAGUGCUUAUUAUCUUUUAUCACCCAGUUUGUACUAUUGACUAUUUCUUCCUUGUCGCUAGACUUUUCAGGGAGACAGGGAGAGAGUGCUUUACAAUAAUUGAUCGUGCCAUAUAUCGGUUUGCAGGUAAGUUAUUAAAUUUAACUCAUGCUUUUUUACAUAAAAUAUGUGAAAUAUGAUAUAAAAUAAAGCUAUAAGAUAUAAAACAAUGCUAUAAAAUAUAAAACAGUGUAUCAGGCAAGCAGGUGAAAAACAACACAUGAAAUAAGUUGGAAACUGCAGGCUUGCUUUUAGCCAUUUACAACCUCAACCUCUUCUCCCAAUAAUGUUUCAGGCAUCAUAUUUGAAUCAGGCUGUUUCCAAUACAGCAUGUCAACCUGGGUCUAUGGCCCAUGAUCACAGAUUGCAGGAAAACCUGACCUGACCUCAAAACAGCUAUGAGAGUGCUUCUUCUUCUUCUUCUUUUACGCUAGUAAUUGCAAGACAAUUCCUUUGCUUUCAUGCAGAAAUUUCAUGCUUUCUUGUACAACUUGUCUACAUUCUUCCUCAGGGAUCUAAGAACUGAAGGAAUCUGGAUAAUGUGACAUCUGAUUUCUAUGCUGUAACUGAAGGCUCUCAUAUAAUAAUUGCUGCUGACUUUAAUACUAGAAUAGGACAAGGUUUAGGAAAAUGCGUCUCUGAGUUUAUGAUUUCCUCAAGUACAAAGAGUUUUGCAAAAUUCAGUCAUUAGUAAAGAUGGCUAUUCAUUACUGGAAAGAACAAUGCAAAGUAUGGGAUUCUGCUUGGGAGCAUCUGCACUAGCAAACCACCUGUGCAAAAUCCUCUGUGGCAGCUGGGACAGGGUGGGAGCAAAAGCUAAGGAAAAGGGCAGAAGCCCAAGUGAAGCCCCAAAGACAUGUCCGUGGCUUUCAUAGCAAGUCCAACCAAUCACCAAAUCUGCACACAGAUCCCAGAAAACAUGGCCCCACCCAAACACAUGGCCAAUCAAGCACUCCCACACACAGCUUUUAUGCCCCCAUGUGACUGCAAUCAAACACAUGUGGCACCCUUGUUGUAGUGUUCAUGGCCCUCCACUGCCACUCCCCCCACAUCAUCUUCCUCUGAUGACACCACAGAAAGCUCAUGGAAGGAAGGAAGGAGGGAAGGAAGGAAGGAAGGAAGGAAGGAAGGAAGGAAGGAGCCCAAAGUGUGCUCUUUGGGGGUAUUCCACUGGUUCAUUAAUGCAGCAUAUAUUCUCCACCCAUAUAUCUGUAGAUGAAUCUCUGCUGUUUUGCACCAGCAUAGCCUCCUCUGGGCCAUGUGUGUAUCUCUCUCUGUGUGUGUAUGUACUAUAUCCAAAAGCUCUGCAGCAUAAAGGGAUUGAAGUUUUGGGUGGUGCAGCAAGCACUAUGGACUGUAUUUUUAUCAUAAUGCAAACUUGAAUGUACUACAAACUUGACUUGAGGAACCCAUUUCCAACAAGGUGGCCACCUCAGCACUCAACCCCACUCAAUGUGCUUUCCAAAAAAAGCCUACUGUUAGAACAUCUGAGAAAAAGAGGAAUUAGCAUAAAGUCCCCCUCCAUGAAAUCCUAAUUGAAAUGGAUUGGCAGAGAGCUAUGCUUGUGAUCCAUAAUAGUGCAAUAUCUUUGGAACAAUGACACUUGUAUUGUAGCCACACUCUUCUUCUAUUUGGGUCUUAUUUUGUCAGGGUGGAAGACGGCUUUAGAUGCGGCCGGGUUGAAAGAUUUCAAUAAAGCUGAAUCUGUGGAAAUUUUGAAGAAAGGCCAUUCACUGGGCAUUUCCCCUGGUGGAGGUAGAGAAGGAAACUUCAGUACUGACUACAACAUAAUGUGGGGUAACCGCACAGGUUUCGCUCGGAUAGCUUUGGAGGCAAAAGUGGUGAGUGAUCUUUGUGCAAUUUGCAUUUCCUUCAGGAUUAUCCUAGCUAAGACGUGAUCUGUUGAUAUCCUUGCUCUAGCAUCCUAAGUAGUUGAGGAUGGCAAAUCCCCUGUUUGGGAGUCAAAUGAUAUCUGUAUUUCCCACCACUGCUUUUUUUUUGUUUUAAAGCUAUUAAAAUCAAUUACAUUUAAAAAGAAAAAUAGCUUUUUUCCUCUUCAAUUCUUGAAAAUCUGGGGGACAGCAUGUUCAAUUUGAAGUCAAUUACAUCAGGCUUGUCAUUGCAAUACCAGAUGGGGAGCAUUAUUCCUAGUCCUUAACCAAAAUAAAGGUGGAGCGGGUGGGGUGAAGUAAUUCUCCAGUUCUCAGCUACCUUUUGAUUUUGAUUUUUGAUUUUAUUCUUUUAGCCCAUCCUCCCUAUAUUUACACAAAAUAUUUGUGAAGCAUACAGGAACAUUGGAAAGUCAAGUGAGUACCUUGGUUGAUCCAGAAAUCUGCUUUCAGGCAAUAAACAUUUUAUAAUAUACACUUUUUUAGAAACAGAAUAUCUUUUUACUACUUUCUAGUAGAGUUUAUUCAGUGUACACUGAUCUGCAAAAGUUGUGCUGCCUGUCUCAGGACUGAGUGAACAUGUCCUUGCUUAGUUUUUUAUUAGAUUUAAAAGAUAGCUAUAAUCUAUAAAAGUGGUAGGAACCCCAGCAUGGAGAGGAACUGAGCAGGAAAAAUACCAUAUUCUGCAGUCUAUUUUACAACUUUUGACCUUGAUUUUUAAAGAGCAGAGAAGAGCUGACAGAAUAUACUGCCUUUUCUUUUCCAAAGGACUCAUACUAUUUAACGCUUCCUCUCUGGGAUGGAUUGACUGGAAUUGCUAAAAACUCAGAAUGCCAACUAAUUUCAAAUUUGAUAUGGGAUCGCUUUUUUACAGACUCUUUUCCCUUUCAUACAUAGGGCUGACAAGAUGGUUAUAUGAGAAAACACGACUUAUCUACCUUCCCAUAUACGGGCCAUUUCCAGUGAAACUGAGGACAUAUAUUGGAGAACCCAUCCCAUAUGAUCCAAAUAUAACAGCUGCAGAGCUGGCUGAAAAGGUAAGUUAACUCUACCCCCCCCCCCCCUUGUUGGUUUCUCUUUUUCAGUUCUAUAAAAUGGUUUCUGCCUACUGACUUGCUCAUUCUAUACGACCAGAGAUUGGGUUCAUUAUAUAGACUUUUGUGCAUUAUGUUCAUCAGUCAGCUUUCCCUCUCCGGAACUUGUUGAGACCACGAAAAACCUAUGCAUUUUAUGUAGUGCUGCACAAAGAUCUGCUCAUGCAAUAGGACUUCUUCUGCCCACCAUAUGCCCCAGAAUCUGCCCCAGAGAGUUCCUCCAAGCCCCCUCCCCGGUGGGGGACCCAAUAAGCACUGUAUGCUCCUAAUCCUCACUAAAACUAUUACUGAAGAACUUCUGAUGUUUGUUUGAUUUAUUGCAACUCUGCACGUGAAUGUGACUCCAUUCUACUCUACUAUUUUACCCAUGCCCUGCUGUGCUGUUUUCAGGCAAGGAACCAGGGGGUGACUGUUUUUUCUCACUAGUCCUAUCAGCCAUUGCCAUUCUAAGAGAACGAGGGAGGUGUUCAUAGUGAGUUCAGGCACCUCUUUUUCUGCAAAAAUAGCACUGAGCAUAGUGAAAUAUAACUCAAUAGCAUUUCUGCAGUUUUCCUCACAUAACUGGAGGUAACAACCAUGCAGGAAAACUGAUACGUUCCAAGCAGCCCAAGGCACUUAUUUUUGGUUGUAUCUCUGCCAUUCUCAUAAAGUGCUCUUGGUAAAAAAAAAAUCUGUAACUGGAAAAAAAUGGGAAUAUUUAUUCUAAUGGUUCUGAUCCCUUUAGCAUUUCCUCACAGAUAUGAAUAACUGUGAAUAUCCAUUUUGCAAUAUAUUGAUAUAAUACAAUAUUCCUUUGUUCUUCUUUCAACAGACAAAGACUGCAAUUGAAAAUCUUCGGGAUAAACACCAAAAAAGGCCAGGAAAUAUAUUAAGAGCUAUUUCAGAACGAUUUGAUAAGCAUUACAAAGCUGACUAGUCCAUAUAAAGCAGUUGUAAUGUUUAUGAUCAUGCAUCUGUAAUAGUAAACUUUCAUUAUUAUGUAAUUAAAGCUAAGUUAAGAUACACAGAAUUGUGCUGGAUUGUAUAUUAAUUAUUGUGAAGGGUCAUUAGCUCAUUAGCUCAGCCUCUGGUGUACAUGCUGAAGGGCCUAAGUGCCUUCUUGUCCUAUCCUGCAAAACUCCCAGAAUUCCCCUUUUGGAGACUUACACUGGUAGCACCAGAAUCAAAGAGUGUAACGGGAAGGUGAGUGUUUAAUUGAACCUUGAAAUAAUGCUAUAUCUGAAAGAGUAAUGUCUACAAAUCUUCUAUAUCAAAACAGUGACACUUCUUUUAUGUUUAUAAAAGGCUGUUCCAAGAUCUGAGCCCUGUAAAGCCUCUCCUCCAUCCGGAGGGGAGGGAUUGUGAGUGGGAGACAAUUCCCGCGCCACGCAGAGGGCAUUCGGCCCCCUGCCCUCUCAUCAUCGCUGGCGCGCCACGCCUCCCAGUUGGGCACCCAAUCAGGUGCCACCGUGGGGCAUGGUUUAGCCACUCAAAUGCGGCCGCGCCAGCUCUCCCCGCCAUUGCGCUUCAGAUUUUCCACGAGUCAAGUGUUCCUGCUCGUCGUCGUCUUGUUUGAGCCAAGCACGUGAAAGAGUUACGAAGUCGGAAGCUCCUGUUCCAAUUCUGGAGUUGUGAGGUUUGGAGGAAGGGGUCCAGUGAUUUUACCUGCAUUUGUACUCUUAUUUCGCCUUAGUAAUUUUUGUGGGGCAUCUGGAGGGUUCCUGGCUGUUGUUUUGCUUUAGUUAGAGUGAGGUCUCGGGUGGCUGCAGGUCGCUCCAGCACUGCCGACAGCACUGUUCUCCCAGCCUCCUCACCAAUCCAGCGAGCCUCUUGGGCUCGGGUGGUGGUUAGGCAUUGGAAUGUGUUGUUGGUGUAUGGAAGGGCAAGGUGUGGCCAUCGCCUACCCCUUCGCUUAUGGGUAUUCCGUUAAAGGAAUCCGGCGCUCGUGGAUUCUGUCCAAUGCCCUGUGUGGCGGGGGGUCAUGGCACAACCCUUGGUGACAUCAGGGGAGAGCUUAUAGUUGUAUUUGCAUCAACAGGCUCCCCCUGCUGGUGGUUAACCCCUCAUCAGACUCACCCCUCUCUGAGUGGGUGGAGUCAAAUUUGCUGUGGUCCAAUGCCUAAGCCAAUACCUUCUCUGUAAUCAAUAAAGUUGUGGCCUUUUCUUGCCCAUUAACCUAAAA